UGACAAUGUCAAAAUAAUUUUGUCAUCCUACAGCUAGCAGGAUCUCCAUGUUUGCCAGUAUUUUAUAACCAAUCUUUACGAAAUAUUUUCCAACAACAAUGGGGGUUACCUCCACUGUAUAUUGUGGGUGUAUUUUUCUAUUGGUGAUGAUUUUAAGAGCUAAAACAGGUGAGAUAAGAGUACUUAGUUUAUUGUACGUAGUUUGCCUCCCUUUCAUUAUAAUGUGUGUACUUUGUAUGAACCAAAUAAACGUAUUAAUGCGAAUGUUUGUCGAUUGCUUUCAUAACUAAGAGCUGUUGGAUGUGUUUAGUGAAUAUUAGAAAUAUCGUAGUUUGUAAGUUUUGCAUUUAAACAUUUGAUUCUUGGUGUAUACUGGCAGUUGAUUUCAUGAUUCAGUGAUUCACUAACCACCAUCUUUAAUAAUAUUAAAGGCGAACACUACGUAUAUUUAUUAUUUAUUACUGCAAGGAACUUAAGCUCCGUUGAAACGAGGAUGAGAGUUAAUGAGAAUUAGCAGUCACGAGUUGUUACAGGGGAUAUUUCAAGUUCUAGAUCAACAAGAUAUAGGUUUGACACUUUCAUGAUACAUAUUUAGUGUCGGGACAGCAUGAAGAACAGCAGUCAAACCAAGGUCGUGUGACUACCAACUCUCUCGAUUAUGCACUCUCUUCGUUUGAUUCGGGCUUUAUAAUAUUACAUAGGAAACUAUACAAACACUAUCCAUUCACGUAAGACAAAAUGAGCUGUAAGACUUAGUUUGAAAUCCCUUUCUCCACAUUAUUAAUAUAUCUGUAUUUGAUCUCUUCGUUUCAAGUACAUACAUUAUACAUUAUACUUAUAAAUUUGUAACUAUUUAGAUGCAAAGUUGACAGAAGAUAUACUGAAUCACAAUACUGAACUAUUAAAAACUUUAAAAUCAUACGAGGUUAUUAAACCGUACAGACUUGAAGGUCGAGUGAAACGUCACGCUUCCACAAAAAUGUCGGUAUGUUUAGAACGUUUUUAAAAGUAUUGUAAUUUAAUUUAUGCUUUAAAACAAAUUACUUUAAUUUACAAAAUCUUCGGUUAUUAUAUUUGCUAAAUUAUAGUAUUUGUACUGUAAUAUUUCGUGUUGUUUAGAUUAUAGUUUAUAUUAAAUGCUGUGAUAAUUAAGUUAAAUAUUAACUUAAAAUUGUACACCUAAUUAUGGUUUAAAGAGUCUUACAUGUAGCAGUUUAGAUAUCUGCCUGAUGUUGUUCUUUAUAUCUGCUUCGAUAGUCUGGUCAUCUUCAAGAUACAACUAUUGUAUUUCCUGGUAAAAAAAGGCAUUUUCAUCUGGACAUAUCCCUUAACACGUGAGUUUGAAACAAAGAUGCAACAUCCUUUUCUAAUUUCUAUCAUUUUUGCCCCAAAUGAAUAUUCAACUAUAUUCAUUACGGAUAUUAUGUGGCGCAUUUCCUGUUAUUCUUUUCCAACACAAAGAUGUUUUAAAGUAUUGGGUUAGUUUAUAUACCAUGUGUGUUUAGCCCCAUAUGGUUUUAGCAUAUGUCAAUUAUAAUCUGACCACACUGAUCACCAGACAAAUGUAUCAUUCAGAGAAGUAACAGUGGGUGGGAAAUAUCAUGUGUAAUUUAAAGGGGUGGUACUUUUGUACGUGCUGUAUUGUGAUGUCAUUGUAAUUAUAUGUAUACUCUGCCAAUAUCAAGAAUGGGUUCCAAUAUGGCAUAAGAUGUUACACAGCACAUAGGAAAUUGUUUACAAAAACAUUAAUGGUUUUGAAGAUGGUAAAUAAUAAUAUUCUCAUUUGUAAAACCCAUCAAUGGAUAUUAGGUGAUGCUAAUAGGUUUUUGUUGAUGUAAUGUGUAUAUUGGUGACAUUUAAGUGAAUCAAAAUUCUUACAGUUUGUACGUGUAUUAUUUUCACAUCAAUGCUUUUCAAUAAUUUGAAUGGUUUUAAUGGGAAAGGCAUUUUGAAAAGAAUAAACCAUUAAUGGAUUAUACUAUAGACUAAGCUUAUAUUUUUCACAUUAAUUUAAUGAAUUUGUUGAUGGGAAUUAUCAGUAUACUAUAAUUAUAGAACUUAAUUUUUCCAUUCAUUUUUUUGUUGGGUUUUUUUGUAUGUUCAUGCAACAUACUGUAGAUCUAUAGUUAGGUCCUAUUGUACCGCCUUGUCCCCUCACUUGUCCCAAGGCACUUUCAAUUGCUACAUGCAUUGCCUCAUGAAGAGUGAGUGCAAGGCUUAGGGAUGCUAGCUGCCUUGCACCUUCAAUCUUUCCUAUGAUGAGCCUCUGACAUCGACUUAGAUGAAUUGGGCAACCACAUCUUGCAUGUGUAUAUAUGCGUAAAUAACCUUAAUUAAUUAAGUAGUAAUGUGCCCUACUUAAUUAUUUUACUGUGUCUAAAAAGAGACGAUUUUACUUAUUUAUGGGAGAGUGCUGCAACUUAAUGGGUAAAUAAAUUAGAUUUAUUUUCUGCUUUUUAAUUGGCUAAAUUAUCUUAAAUCUGCAAACUUAUAGGGGUUUGUUCAGUCCACAAUUUGAAGAACAUUAUGUUUCAAAUGAUGCUCCUGAAUUGGCAAGACAGGUACAUAUAGAAACAAUUUGCAUUCCAGUACUGGCAGUAUGUAUCAUUGAUAAUGAUUAUAGGUAUCUAUAUAAAUACCUUUUAUUAUAUGGACCAGUGUUCUAAUUACAUUCAGUCUCCAUAAUACAAGCACGAAGGUCUGACUGUACCAUUUAUUAAGCUUAGCAUUACAACACAUGAUAGCUUUUUCAAUAAUCACAUAAUUUGUAUACUGUAUAUAUAUGCUAGUUAAAAUAGUUUCAGAAUUUUUAAAAUUUUUAUUCAGAUACCUCAUGAGCAUUGUUUUUAUCAUGGGACGGUCAAAGAAGAAGAAAAUUCAGAUGUUUCAUUGAGUACUUGUGAUGGAAUAGAGUAAGAAUAAUUCUCAUAUGUAACUUAAUUAAUUGUGAAAAUGGCUUAAUUCUCUUAAUUUGUUCAAGGCUAUAAAAAUUAGAAGCUUAGGAAGCUUCGGUCAUUCAUUGAUGAACAUGUCUAUAAAACAGUGAAUAAUAUCACAAACAAGCAUGCAUAAAACAAACAGUACAUAAUGAUAUGGGUGCAAUUAUACAAAUUAAGAGUAGACCCAACCAGAUUAAAAUGGGAACAAACCACAAAGUCUCAUAUAAACUAGGUUCCACUUCCACCAUAUUAAAUUAAAUUUCAACAUAUAUUAGGACAAUACACAGGGACGCCGGAACGAUGUGAAGGCAAAGGGGGCAGAUUUUCGUGAAAGGGCACUUUUGAAUUGAUAUAUACUAAGAGAUGUUUACAAAACAUCGGGAGUUGAACUUUGCCUAAUCAUUGUUUUCUAUUUAUUAGAUAAUAGGGGUGUGAGGGGGUUCUCUGCCAGGUGAUUGUGCUUUUUUUGAAGCUUGAUGACUGCAUUUCUUGCAUUUUCUGAAGCAAAUUCGUAAAAAAUGGCACUAACAUUUCUGACAAUUCGCUAUUUCGCCAAGGCAAUCCUUUAAAUUGAAAGGGCACCUUUGCCCCCCUUGCCCCUCCUGGUAAAGGGCAACGGGGGCGGCUGCCCCUCCUGCCCCCCCCCAGUUCCGGCAUCCCUGACAAUAUGUAUUACCUUUAAAACAAAUUUACUGAUUGCCAGUACAUUUGUAACAUUGACAACAAUAUCCAGGUGAUAAGUUCUUUGUAUGUUUGCAUGGUGAUAAAAUAUAAUUUAGUUUUGUUUGUGGAAACACCAUGUAAAUUUAUUACUGCAAAGCUUUCGAUCCGUAAGCCCGGAUCUUCAUCAGUGCUAAUAAUAUGAUUAUUAGCACUAUUAUUAGGCACUGAUGAAGAUCCGGGCUUACGGAUCGAAAGUUUUGCAGUAAUAAAUUUACGUGGUGUUUCCACAAACAAAACUAUUAAUGUCCAGGUGCAUGAUAUAUCUUCUCAGUGUUGCUUCAAUUUUUUGUUGUAAUUUUAGAGGAGUUAUCAGAACAGAUGAUGGUACUUUUUAUAUCCAUCCUUUAAAGUCUCAAGAUGGUCAAGUAUGUUUUUGAAGCAAAAUUAAAGUCUAGUGUAUUGUACUGUUGUACAUUGCUUAGUAUGCAGGACUUCCCUUGACAAGUAAAAUUGUCUGGCUUUAGAUAUUAUAGUAAAAUAUAAUAAAGUAGGGUGCAUUUGGUUAACAAGGCACACUGGCAGAUAGUUUGGUUAAUAACACAUUAGCGACUCUCCCAGUUAGAGAGUAGUGUUGGACAGACACUUAGGGACCGG